UCGAGUCCGCCUCUCCGCGCCCCUGCUUCCCCGUUGACGCACUUUUUAAGCGUCUUCCCCCGUCUCCACCUCAAGGCGAGCAGCAGCGGCGGCGGCAGCAGCAGCGACCAAUCACCAUGCCAUUACAGCCUGCAGAGGAAGCUGUUUAUGGGGCUGCAGCGCUAAUUAGGCUCAUGAACUAACAAAUCUGCCUGCACCAAGCCGGCCGGGGAAGAAAAAAACUGCGCAUCCAUGGAUUAGUCUGGGAGUAGCUGAGCGCUUUUUAUUUUUUCCUGCAAGCUUCCCAACUUAUUUCACAGCGAAGAAAACUUUCCCCCCUUUUCUUUGGGUGUGGAGGAUUAUUUCAAACAGAGGCGCUUUCGAGAACUUCGACCUAAGCUGGGGAAUCUGGACUAUCAGACCAUGUUCCAACCCACACCCAAGAGGUGUUUCACGAUAGAGUCGUUAGUGGCCAAGGAUAAUCCGGUACCGGUGUCCCGCUCCGAGGAGCCCAUCAGGCCGGCGGCUCUCAGCUAUGCAAACUCCGGCCAAAUGAACCCGUUCCUCAACGGCUUCCACUCCGGCGGCAGGGGCGUCUACUCGAACCCGGACUUGGUGUUUGCGGAGGCGGUCUCUCACCCGCAGAACUCCGCCGUCUCGGUGCACCCGGUGGCCCCGCCACACGCGCUGGCCGCUCACCCGCUCUCCUCCUCUCACAGUCCGCACCCGCUUUUCGCCAGCCAGCAAAGGGACCCCUCCACCUUCUACCCCUGGUUAUUACACAGAUAUAGGUACCUGGGCCACAGGUUUCAGGGCAACGAAACGAGUCCAGAGAGUUUCCUUUUGCACAACGCGCUGGCCAGAAAGCCCAAACGAAUCCGGACAGCUUUUUCUCCAUCGCAGCUCCUGCGGCUCGAACACGCGUUCGAGAAAAACCAUUAUGUGGUUGGAGCGGAGAGGAAGCAGCUCGCACACAGCCUUAGCCUCACAGAAACUCAGGUAAAAGUGUGGUUUCAGAACCGGAGGACGAAGUUCAAGCGGCAGAAGUUGGAGGAGGAGGGUUCGGAGUCUCAGCAGAAGAAAAAAGGCUCGCAUCAUAUAAACCGCUGGAGACUGGCGACCAAACAGGCGAGCCCGGAGGAAAUUGAUGUCACCUCGGACGAUUAAAAAAAAA